CAUCCAAUUAUACAUACACAAGAUACUUGUAAUACAUGCUAUAAAAAUGGACGAGGUUACAAAGUUAGAACACUUGUCCUUAGUGUCGAAAAUCUGCACGGAAUUGGAGAACCAUUUAGGCUUAAAUGACAAAGACUUAGCUGAAUUUAUCAUUCAUUUAGCAGAGAAAAAUAAUACUGUUGAUAAAUUCAAGAAAGUUUUGGUCGAAAAUGGUGCAGAAUUUUCUGAAUCGUUUAUGGCUAAUCUUUUAAGGAUAAUACAACACAUGAAACCAUCUAAGGCAACACAAGAGAAACUGACUAAAUCUACGACUAAACAAGAUGAAUUAGCACAAAAGUUUCCUGGCCUGGCUUUACCCAAUGAUGAACAAAAUGUGACAAGUACCAAAGAGUUGACAGAUGAGAAUAUAGUUAGCAACGCUAUGGCAAGCUUAGAAGAACUGGCACCAUCUCACAAAAAGUCCGGUGGUGAGAGUAAAAAACCUGCUACCGACAUUCAGCCUCUGGAAGACGACAAAAAGAGCAAGCAUUCUAGGAGAAGCAGGUCAAAAGACAGAAGGAGACACAGAUCCCGUUCGUCGAAUCGUAAAGAUCGAAGACAUAGAUCUAAAUCGAAUUCGAGGUCGCGCGAUCGUUCGAGAUCGAGGGACAGAAAGCGUCACAGAUCGAAGGAUCGGAGACGAUCCAGCAGAUCACGGGACAGAAAGUCUCGUGAUCAUAAAGAUAGGCAUUCCGGCAGACAUGGUUCCGAUAGGUCCAGGUCAAGGUCCGUGGAAGAACUCUGUGUGGAUCCAGAAGUCGGGAAAAUUUAUUCCGGCAAGGUUGCCAACAUCGUCCCUUUCGGUUGUUUCGUGCAACUCGAAGGGUUGAAACGCAGAUGGGAAGGACUCGUUCAUAUUUCACAAUUGAGGAGAGAGGGAAGGGUCGCUAGCGCAAGCGACGUGGUGUCUAGGGGUCAGAAAGUCCUUGUAAAAGUACUAAAUAUAGGCGGACAAAAGGUCUCCUUGAGCAUGAAAGACGUCGACCAAGAGACAGGCAGGGAUUUGAAUCCAGUCGUGGCUGUUACUAAAACCGAGGAAGAUGAGAAGCAUUUGCGCAACCCUGACAGACCGACUUCGUUGCUGGAGCUUCAAGGCAACUGGGACGAAGAUGAAACCUGUUCCAGGAAGCGUGUACAAAGAUUGUCGUCCCCUGAGAAGUGGGAGAUAAAACAGAUGCUUGCCGCCUCGUGUAUCGAUAGAAACGAGUUACCAGAAUUCGACAUGGAAACUGGAAUUCUUCCACGGGAAGACGACGAAGAGGAGGACGUGGAGAUCGAGCUGGUGGAGGAAGAACCGCCGUUCCUGCACGGGCACGGACGGGCGCUUGGCGAUCUGAGUCCUGUUCGUAUAGUAAAGAAUCCUGAUGGUUCUCUGGCACAGGCUGCAAUGAUGCAGAGCGCACUGGCGAAGGAAAGGAGAGAGCAGAAAAUGUUACAAAGAGAGCAAGAAAUGGACUCUGUUCCUACUGGGCUGAACAAGAAUUGGAUUGACCCUCUACCGGAAGCCGAAAGCAGAACACUGGCAGCGAAUAUGCGUGGGAUCGGUCUACAAACUCAAGAUCUACCCGAGUGGAAGAAACACGUGAUUGGCGGAAAGAAGUCGUCCUUCGGAAAGAAAACGAACCUAACCUUGCUGGAGCAGCGGCAAAGCUUGCCGAUAUACAAGCUCAGGGAUGAUUUAGUGAAAGCCGUGACGGACAAUCAGAUUUUAAUUGUAAUCGGCGAAACGGGAUCGGGAAAAACCACGCAGAUUACACAGUACUUGGCAGAGGCUGGAUUCACGGCCCGCGGUAAGAUUGGCUGCACUCAGCCCAGGAGAGUGGCCGCCAUGUCUGUUGCCAAGAGAGUGGCCGAAGAAUUUGGUUGUCGUUUGGGACAGGAGGUGGGCUACACCAUUCGUUUCGAGGACUGUACGGGUCCGGAGACUAAUAUAAAGUACAUGACUGACGGUAUGUUGCUUCGGGAGUGUCUGAUGGACCUCGAUUUGAAGACGUACUCCGUCAUAAUGUUGGACGAGGCACACGAACGCACGAUACACACCGAUGUCCUGUUUGGACUGCUGAAACAAGCGGUGGGAAGACGACCUGACCUGAAGCUUAUCGUAACCAGCGCCACUCUGGAUGCCGUGAAGUUCUCGCAGUACUUCUUCGAGGCUCCUAUAUUCACUAUUCCCGGCAGAACAUUCGAAGUAGAAGUUAUGUACACAAAAGAACCGGAAACAGAUUACCUGGACGCUGCACUUAUCACCGUGAUGCAGAUACAUUUGCGGGAACCACCAGGGGAUAUUCUACUGUUCUUGACCGGUCAAGAGGAAAUCGACACGGCCUGUGAAAUUUUAUACGAACGAAUGAAAUCUCUUGGUCCCGACGUGCCGGAAUUGAUCAUUUUGCCGGUAUACUCGGCGCUGCCAUCGGAGAUGCAAACUAGAAUAUUCGAGCCAGCACCACCUGGCUCGAGGAAAGUAGUGAUAGCCACGAAUAUAGCGGAAACGAGCUUGACCAUCGACGGUAUUUAUUACGUGGUUGAUCCAGGCUUCGUGAAGCAGAAAGUGUACAACUCCAAGACAGGAAUGGACAGCCUCAUAGUGACACCGAUCAGCCAGGCAGCUGCUAAGCAAAGAGCCGGAAGAGCUGGCAGGACUGGGCCUGGAAAAUGUUACAGACUUUACACAGAAAGAGCCUAUAGAGAUGAAAUGUUACCCACCCCGGUUCCAGAAAUUCAACGCACCAACUUAGCUACUACUGUGCUGCAGCUGAAGACGAUGGGCAUCAAUGAUUUACUGCACUUCGAUUUCAUGGACGCCCCGCCUGUGGAGUCGCUGAUCAUGGCUUUAGAAUCUCUGCACAGUUUAAGCGCAUUAGAUAACGAGGGUCUGUUGACCAGGUUAGGUAGACGAAUGGCAGAAUUCCCCCUGGAACCUAACCUCUCCAAGAUGCUGAUCAUGAGUGUGCAUCUUCAGUGUUCCGAUGAAAUACUGACAAUUGUCAGCAUGCUGUCUGUGCAGAAUGUUUUCUACAGACCGAAAGAUAAACAAGCUUUGGCUGAUCAAAAGAAGGCCAAGUUCAAUCAGGCAGAGGGCGACCAUUUAACUUUGUUGGCGGUCUACAAUUCUUGGAGAAACAACAAAUUCAGCAAUGCCUGGUGCUAUGAAAAUUUUGUGCAGAUUAGGACAUUGAAGCGAGCACAGGAUGUUCGCAAACAAUUGUUAGGUAUCAUGGAUAGACACAAGUUGGAUGUUGUGUCUGCUGGCAAGAACACAGUGAGAAUUCAGAAAGCUGUGUGUUCGGGCUUCUUCAGAAAUGCUGCCAAAAAGGAUCCUCAAGAAGGGUACAGAACAUUAGUUGACAGCCAAGUGGUUUACAUCCAUCCUAGCAGUGCCUUAUUUAAUAGGCAACCAGAAUGGGUUAUCUACCAUGAGCUAGUACAGACCACUAAAGAAUAUAUGAGAGAAGUAACGACCAUUGAUCCAAAAUGGCUGGUAGAGUUCGCUCCAGCAUUCUUCAAGUUCAGCGAUCCGACCAAGCUCAGUAAGUUCAAGAAGAACCAACGACUGGAGCCACUUUAUAAUAAAUACGAGGAACCGAAUGCUUGGCGAAUAUCUAGAGUCCGUAGAAGACGCAAUUAAUGCGUUUAUUACGUAUUCUGUAAAUAGUUUUGUACAAAGUUUCGUAUUGCACGACAGUACGAAUGAGUGUAAUUAAUG